AUGAUCGUCCUGCCCUAUGCGCUGCCCCCCAUCGCGGCGCUUAAAAAGAAGGGCCUCCGGAAGCUGCUGCUGCUGCUCACCGCGGUGUCGCUGGUCGGCAAGCUGGCGUACUCGUACGAUCUGAACGCCUGGACGCUCCUGGAGGGCGUCACCCCGCCCAGGGCCCACCCCAACCAGUUCUUCUGGAACGUCACCCGCUUCCACCCCUUCUACGCCGUCCUCGAGGUGCUCACGGGCGCCGCCGCCGCGCGGCUGGUGAUGACCGACGGGCUCGACCCCGACGGCGGUGCGGCGGCACCCAAGGCGGGCAGCGCGCUGCUGCCCGCGGCCGCCCUCGUCGCGGUCACCUGGGCGCGCGCGGCGGGGUGGCUGCCGCUCAACGACCCCCUGACGCGCGUGCUGCUGUUUGUGCCGCUCUUUACGGCGCUGGUGAUGAGCAUCCACCGCAACACGCUGGGCGGCGCCAAGGGGCUGGUGGAGUUUUUGGGGCAGCCGCUGGUCACAUACCUGGGCACCAUCUCCUUCCCCAUCUUCAUCCUGCACGGGCCGCUGGGCCAGGUGUUUUACAAGAAGGUCAUCGCCACCAAGCUGUUUGGCGCGGUGAUGGGCCCCCAGUUCUUCCCGGUGUACUGCGGCAUCGUGCUGCUGUCGGCCGCCCUGGUGCAGAAGCUCUUCCUGGAGAACAAGAAAGUCCAGGAGAUCUCAGGGAACGUCACAAAGGCCAUAUCCGAUGCUCUCUGA